CUCAGGAGCUGAGAAAAUAGUUCUAAUUUUGGAUUAAAACUCAUAUUAACUUUUAGAAACCUAAAUUGAGCUCAAAAGAGGGACGGAGUGGCUGAGUGGAAUAUCAAAAUGCGUAAUUGCGGGCCGAGUUUAAUUAAAUAUGUAUUAUUUGCCUUUAAUGUUUUAUUUGCGAUCUCCGGUUUGGGUAUCCUUAUAGCCGGCGCUGUUGUCCUGGCCGAUGUCAAUGAAUUCAAUCAUUUUGUGGAGGGACGAGUCCUGGCACCGCCCAUUGUCCUGAUAGUGACGGGUCUGAUCAUCUUCCUGAUCGCUUCCCUGGGUUGUUUUGGUGCCAUUAAGGAGUCGCCAACGCUACUGCUGACGUUCGCUGUCCUUUUGGCCGUCAUCUUUAUUGUGGAACUGGCGGUGGGCAUUGCAGCCAGCGUUUUCAAAAAGGACCUCGAGAUGAUGGUCAAGAACUCGCUCCAGGAGUCCAUCAAACGUUCCAACAGCGAGGACACCAUGGCCUGGGACAAUAUCCAGCAAAAGUUAAUGUGCUGCGGCGUGGACUCUCCGGCGGAUUGGAGGACACUGAGUGCGAAUAAAACGCUACCGGCCAGCUGUUGUCAGCAGCAGUAUAUCGACACCACUGUGGGCCACUGCACCGACUCACCGGCUCUGGGCAGGGACAAGUACUUCCAGGAUGGAUGUGUCGGGAAGCUGAAGAAUCGGAUCGACAAGAACGCGGUGAUUUUGAUAGGAGUGGGCAUUGGCAUAGCCUUUAUCCAGAUAUUGGGCAUAGUUCUAGCCUGUUAUCUGGCCAGUUCCAUACGCCGGGAGAGGGCCAAGUAG